UUGGAAAAAGAACUAUAAAAAAUCUCCAAUAACAGAUCUUCAUCUGAAUUUAAUAAUGUAGCUUUGCUGUUACUGGCCAUUGACAAACUAUGGGUCCUCCAACCAAAACAACAUUAAAAAGCCACGUAUUUGCUGAGACAUCUUUCAUCAAUAAGAAGCAAUAGGCUAAUGCAAAGUGGCAACCUCUAGAACACAACAAUAUUUAAAAAAUUGUGUUUUUGAAGCAUAACAAGCUCACCGAACUCGCCCAUUCUCUUGUCACCGAACUCUGCUUCUUUUCCCUUUCUAUACAACUUUGGUAUAAAUAGGGUGAGUUUCAAAGCCAUUUGAUCAUCCCCAAAUCCAAGUAGAAGGAAAUUAAGAGUAAAAAUGGCAAGUUUCUCUUCGAAAUCCAAUAACAGAUCCAUCAGUUUGCCAAGCAGAUCACAUCCAGCUACCCAGAUAAUUGAAGAGGAGCUCAACAAGCUCAAAACUUGGGAGUUGUCUGCUUCACCAACUGCAGAAGCGGUUUACAAUGGCCUACUUGGUUUGGUGGAGGUGUAUAAUUGCAUGGGUGAUCUUCUUAACUUGCCUCAGACACUUCAAGCCCUUUCUCAGUGCCAAAAUAAGAAAUGGGUCGAUGAAAUCUUGGAUAAAUCCGUGAGAUUUCUCGAUGUUUGUGGCACAACAAGGGACCUUGUGUCACAGUUUAAAGAAAAUGUUAAAGAUGUUCAGUCCUUGUUGAGGAGGAGAAAGGGAGAUUUGAGCAUCACCAACUACACCUCGUUCAGGAAGAAGAUGAAAAAAGAUGCCAAAAACUUAGUCACAUCUUUGAAGAAAAUGGAUCACGAGGAGGUUGUUGCUGUAAUGGAAGUUGAUGACCAACUUGUCUCAGUUGUUAUCAGAAUGCUAAGAGAAGUCACCACAAUAGGAAUUUCAGUUUUCCAAAUGGUGUUGGUUUUCUUGUCAGCCCCGAAUUCUAAGCCAGUUAGCAAAUGGUCUUUGGUUUCAAGAUUCGUUAACAAGGGCGGAGAACAAGACAAUGUGAAUGAGAUAGAAAGCGCUGAUGUUGCAUUAAGCAGUCUUUCCAAGUGUGGUCCUAAUGAAGUGGAGAAGAUCCAAUUUGUGCAGAGCAAAUUGGGAACAGUGGAAGCUCAUUUUGAAUGCAUUGAGAAUGGUCUUGACAACAUCUUUAGAUGCUUGAUUAGAUCAAGGAGCACAUUACUAAAUCUGGUUUCCUGCCAAUGAAAAUAGUAUUGCAUCGUAUAAGCAUCCAAAUAUUUGUAGGAUAUGCUUAUGAACUCAAUGUAAAGAUACAAUUUUGUAAUUACACAUAUACUGAGAGAAAUAUAUACAUUUACCAAAGUUAUA